UUUAUGGCUGAGGUGGACACCAGGUAUUUGUACUCCUCCACGAUCUCAAUGUCAAAUCCCUGGAUGCACACCGGUGUAGUCUGUGGUGCUCUCCUGCAGAAGUCAGAAGUGCAGAAGUUGUGUAGGCAGAUCACUUGUUUACAGUUCUGAUAGAAAACACAUUUUGUUCUGGCAAAGUGUUGAAUUGAAUGCUCCAGGAAUCAAUACUCAAAAUUACCUUCUAAUUAUUGUUUUUAGGGUCACCUCAAGAGCACCAAAAACAUCUGCAGACAGCCCCCCAACAAGACCAUGAUUAGCUCCAGUUCUUGAAGUGGUUGAGAGUGGACACAUGGUGGAGCCAAUGCUUUGUUAGACCGACAGUGAUGUCAAUUGUGGUAAAUUUCAUGAUUUUCUUUGGAUCAAGAAACCCUGUCACCAUUCAUAUUUUCAAGAACAUACAGAGUAUACACCCAGGAAAUGUUUGUUUUAGUCCUUAUCUUUAUCCACUAAAGACUGUAUAUGCAAAUGAGGCAAUUUACCAAAAUAUCAGAAGUAAAGAGUUAAUCUGCAGAAGCAGCAAUGCCAUCCAUCCAUUAUCUAUACACCGCUGAAUCCUUUGCAGGGUCACGGUGGGGGCUGGAGCCUAUCCCAGCCGUCUCUCGGGCGAAGGCAGGGGACACCCUGGGCAGGCGUAGCUGAUGGAUGCGACACCGCAGAUCCUGCAGUUCACCUUUGGGGACGGCAGGGGGGGCACGGAGCAGCCUGUUCAGGUGGCCGUGACGUCACCGGGCUUUCAGUGCCGUGCGCUCGAGCCUCCGGAGCUCCUCAGUGCUGCUGGAGGAGGACCGGAACGGAGGAGACCGCCGGGACAAAUGUUCAGCUAUGGAUGUGUUUAUUGCUUUCGGAUGACGCCGCACAUUUAAAAGGUCUUUGGCACCAUCUCACCCCAUCUGCCUCUGAGGACAGGGAACAAAUGACAAUCUAUUGAACCAGGAUUAAAUCAGGAAUCUGUCACCUCGUAGGUGUGAAUUGCCGCUGCAGUCAUGGGGAACCAGCUGACCGAUAUGGCUCCCAACACCCCGUCGUUCCUGCCAAACUUCCAGUCUCUGCACGUGGUGGUUAUCGGGCUCGACUCGGCCGGCAAAACCUCUCUGCUCUACAGGCUCAAACUGAAGGAGUUUGUGAAAACGAUUCCCACCAAGGGCUUCAACACGGAGAAGAUCAAGGUGGCUGUGGGAGUGUCUCGGACCAUAAAUUUCCAGGUGUGGGAUGUAGGCGGCCAGGAGAAACUGCGCCCGCUGUGGAAGUCUUACACCCGGCGGACAGAUGGGAUGGUGUUUGUGGUGGACUCCACUGAGCUGGAGAGGAUGGAGGAGGCCAAAGUGGAGCUCCACAAGAUCACCCGCACCUCAGAGAACCAGGGGGUCCCUGUGCUCAUCCUGGCCAACAAACAGGACCUGGAUUCAGCCUUGUCUGCCUGCGAGGUGGAGAAGCUGCUUUCUGUCCACGAACUGAGCGUGUACACGCUGCAUCACGUGCAAAGCUGCAGCGCGGUGGACGGUCAGGGACUCCAGCCGGGCCUGGAGAAACUUUAUGAGAUGAUCCUGAAGCGGAAGAAGAUGGUGAAGCACAACAGGAACAGAAAGAGAUGAGCUCUCGGCUCACAUGGCGGACAUUUCCUGAGGAGAUUUUUCCACUGUUGAGACACUUCCAAGCCUAAUGGCCCCUUUUAAUGGGGGAGAGAUUUGUGCCAACAGAACAACAAUUACACGGGGCCUCGGGGUCAGGAGAAAUGGAUUUGCUUAUAACAUCCGAAGCAGUACUGACAUAUUCUUUGUACUGCAAACGUGCAGCUGCCCUUUGGAAGAUUAAGUUAUAGAUUUAAAGGGAACCCUGAUCGCAGUUAGUCUUCACAAAGACAUUUGCCUGUUAGCUGUAGGACUAAUAUAUGAACACAUUUACAUCCACGAAGCAGAUUUGUAGUGAAUAAAGAUUUCAAAUACAUUCAGAAAUAUUCCUAUAAUCCUUGUCUUGCCCUCUAAAUGGUUGUUUGUGCUCGGAUGCUCUCCCAAAAUAUUUAUCCCACAUUCUUGUGUUUGUGUGGGACGGGACUUUCUUUUGUUAUUGAUAUGAAAUGAGCUCAGUGGUGAUGCAACACCAAAUGAUAUUAAAUUUCAUUAACAUGAACCCAGGAACCCUGCAGUAAGUGCUUUCCCUUCAUGGCCACAGGGGUGAAGUUUCAGUUA